AUGGAGAAAGUCCAAUAUCUUACUCGCUCUGCUAUAAGAAGAGCCUCAACGAUUGAAAUGCCUCAACAAGCACGUCAAAAUCUCCAGAACCUGUUCAUCAAUUUCUGUCUCAUCUUAAUCUGUCUCUUGCUCAUCUGCAUCAUUGUGAUGCUCCUAUGAAGCUCUGCUGCAGUCUCCAGAUCUGAACUUAACACUAUGCCUACUUCCUGCACAGAAGAAUUUCUUUGUGAAAAGUCAAGAUUAAAAGCAAAAAUAUUGUCAGUGAAUGUUAUCCACUGGAUUUU